AUGCCAACCUACCACGAGAUCGACCGCCGUCCACUCUUCGCGCAGAACACCUUCCGCUUCUCAAAUCUGACCGGAAUGCGGGCUUUCCUACAUGCGCUUCCUGUGGAUUACAGAACGCGUAUCCAGGACAUCGAAAUUGACUUGCGAGAGUUGAACUCCGAUCGCCCUCACAUUGCGCGUGAGUGGCUGCAGUACGUUACGCUAGCAAAGAAUGGAGGCUUGAAUUCAUUGCGCGCUGAUGCAACCGGUCUACGGUGCCUGCGGAUCAACCUAGAGGCAUGGCCAGUUAUCGCCGUAAUUCGGAGUGAACUUUGGAAUUUUCUUCGACGCAUGCUAUCGGAGCUCGAAGGCUUGGACAAAAUUGUCGUAACUGGAUCGAGCAGAGGCAAGGCAAUGGAACGAAAACUGCCAUGGUCACCAGUCCAUUUUGUUGGUGGAGACGACGUUGGAACCCACGACCUGCUUACUCGAAUGAACAAGUGCAUCACCAAAACCGGCAGCGACAACGCCGUCAAGUGGCAGCGACAAAACGGCAGAUUACAACUUGAAGUAAUCUCCAAGCCGGGUUUACACGAAAGCGUUGCCGCACAAGGUUUACGAGCUCCGCAGAACGAGAGCAGCACAAAAUUCUUGCCACCGAGCGGAGAAUGUUCCUUCUUGGCCUGCGAGAAUCGCCACUCCUAUGGAAAAGAACCCGUGGAUAAGGAACUCAAUCCCAAUGCCGCCGAAUGA